CGCGUGUUUCAGCCGCACAGCUAACUGCUGCUCCUAGUGAUUGCUUUGAGAGACAUCUAUAUUUGCUGCGCGCUCGCAGUCUGCAGCGAAACGCAUCGAUUGUAGGAGAGCCCCCUGAGCCUCUGCGCUCUCUGAGCCGUCGAGCCGCGGGCUGCGCGUCAUGGAGCAAGUCAUCGCGCCGCAAGAGAUAAUCGACGCGAUCCGUCAAGGCGAUCUCGAAGCGAUUAAGGCCUGGGUGGCAGCGGGCGGCGACCCAAAUGCUAAGAGGGACUGCAGCAACGAAUUGCGCUUCGUCGACGAACUGGGCUUCGUCGACCGCGACCGGUGGAACCAGCCGCUGCCACCCGGCAGCAGGUACGAGACUCUCCUCCAUGUAGCCGCGGACUUUAAGUGGGCGGAGAUUUGCGAAUAUCUUUUAUCGCGAGGCGCGCGCGUAGACACCACGGACGCCUCGGAGAGAUGCCCCAUACGGGCCACUCCAUUGUGGCACGCAGUGCGUUUAUGUGGCGACGUCCCAGUUCAAGAUACGCUCGCCACCGUACGAGUCAUCCUCUCGUACGGCGCCGACCCCAAUUUGCACGCUACGUACUACCAGGGCGGGACUCCUCCUACUCCUCUAUGCCAACUGCUAUUUUGGACGAAUUUGUGGUAUGGCGCAGAAUUUGAUGACCACAGAACGGACUUGGUUCCAAUCGUUCGGAUGCUUCUUCGUUCCGGUGCAGAUCCGGAGGACGAUCAUCUAAAUCCGUACUGGCCGCAAGGACGCAUCACGGCGGAAGGACACGCUCGUAGAAGCAGAGAUCUUUUCCGGAGGCGCGCCGCUGAAAUUGGCACUGCUGAACUUGAAGAGAAGGCGGGCCAGUGUGGUCAGGCCGCCGAUCUCCUCGCCGGGGUGCGCAUAGCAGGCAGCUGGCCGCGCUACUUUCUCCGGCCGCACAUGAGGUGUGUGGUCUUUCGCGCCCUGUGCCAACGCGGGCGAGCUAUGUUUGACCACAGGACGCCCACCGUGCUCGUCUGUUUGUUCGGCGCCCCGCCCUCACACGGCUACGCGCUUUGGCGUGAGCAAAAGCAGCCCUUACGUUUAUUGCGCAAUAAUGAUCCCGACAUGCCGGAUAUUCCCGACGUCGUCUUCUGGCGCGUGCUCACGUUCAUGUUUGGGACCGCGUACGAUUACCCCUGGGUUCGGCCGCGGCUCCGGGCCCGCGCGGCCGCCCAGGGUUCUAGUACCUAUACCUAGGUCAAGCCCGCCACCUCCGACAAAAAAAAACGGCUCGCAGAGGAACGCUUUCUCAACAAGUCGGCGCUUGCCGCCGUCCAGGGACCGGAGCUCUGCGCUGCGCCACAAGCGGUUGUGGUUCGCCUCAUGCUGCAGGUAAGUGUCGCACGGCACCCGCGCCGACGUCGACAAGAACUGUGGCAUCCGAUUCCCUCUCGACGGACGACACCGCUGGCUCGUCGUCGUCGGACGCCGAGUCGGACGGCUACGAGUCCGGCGGGUCAGAUUCGACGUACUACGACCCGCACGACAUCUACUGUAUACACCAAGGCUACGGCGACCGGGACGUGGUCUACGGCGCCGAGGCCGGCGACCCCGUCUUCCCCGUCGGGACCGAUGGUUGUACCAAGGCGCAGAAACGCGGUACGGCGGCGCGACGUCGGUCGUCGUCGCGCCGACGUCCUGGUACUACGCCCGGAAGGGGCGGAUACGCAUCUGGACCUUCUUUGACGGCUUCUUCUCCGUGGACCACGCCCGCUUGCGGAGCGCGUAGGACCGCAACGCCCUGAUCCACGCGGGCGCCGACGUGACUUUGCCGACGGUGGUCACCGACCUGACGGAACUCGGGUUCGCGCCGGUGCCUUGGUUACCCGGACGUGGUCGCCACGUUCUCCAGGCGGGCGUGCAGCCGUCGCUCCGCGCGGAGUGGGGGGGCCACGCACGUGCCGGUCCCGGUAGGGGACGGCCGAUCUACUGCUUCAGGCCCAAGCCCCGGCUCACCGCUACCGCGGCGCCGAGCGAACGCCAUACAAGAUCGAAGACGCUGCACGCGUCUACGUCCCCGCCGUGGACGUGGCCCGCGGCUUCGUCUCCUACGCACGGCAAGUGGCCCUCGGCCAUCUUCACACCGAACUGAUCCCAACCGUCGGAACAAUCUUGCGCUCGCUCGUGGGUUGCUCUGGCGGAACGACCAGGACUUACGGAUAGCGGCAGUACGCAUACUCUGGAUGGUUGAAACUCAAGGGCGGGGAACGUAGAGAAAGUCUGGUAGCAGCAAUCAACAACUCCUUAGCCUACCUCACUCCAGAGCGGCACGCAGAAGCUCAGGCACUCGCGGCGCGACAUGUUGCUGGCGAGAUUGAUAGAUUCAUCCUCAGAUCACGACGCGCUCGAUGAGGAGGUCGUGACGUCUCUCAAGGAGGUGGAACGGACCAAACGGAGCGUCUUCGGUGGCACGCACCCACUCCCUGUCCUGACCGAGGAAGGGAUUGCGCGGCCGCAUGCAGCACUCCACACCCGCAAAAAGGACGCUGCCACCGCCGUCAGGAACUGUGUAACUGUAUACAGCUUGUCACCGCACCUUGGUUGGGGCGCUAUCGUUUGUCCGCGACCGAGCGAUUGCCAAGUUCUCCAUAUGUGACAUUGGCCGACACCGCGACGCCUCGCACUACGCCUACCGAUCGGAACAGCUAAUUCUACGGACACCUACGCCGAUUAAUAUGCGGCAUGCGGCCAUGUCACGCCACAUCGUCAGGCGCCACAUCGUCAUAAAUCGUCACAAUAUUAAAACGUUUGCUCGUGUGCACCCAGGUCGAAGACGGUAUUUCACGGCGACG